UUUUAAUACCAAAUUCGAUCAACAACUCUUAAUUUGGAAGCUACACUCACAACAUCCGGGCAUGUACCACCCCUCUCCGUCUUACUUUGGCCAGUAAACAAUUUGGCGGAGUCAAGCAUGCGACGCGGCGCCCAAUGUCCAACAUUUGAAUAUUGUCAAUGAAUAACGCCAUUUAUUAUUGGUUUUGAUCAAAUUCUACCCGGCAAAGACAGACGGACACACGCACACGAAUCCCGCCCUCUCAGAGCAGUUUGUUUGGCGUUUAGCUCGCUCGCUAGCUUGCUAACAUUGCUAACACGAGCAAUCCGCCAGCAAACUGGACGCGAUGUCGCUGGUGGACCUGGGCAAGCGUCUGCUGGAGGCGGCGCGCAAAGGUCAGGAUGACGAAGUCAGAAACCUGAUGGCCAAUGGAGCGCCGUUCACCACCGACUGGCUAGGGACGUCCCCCCUCCAUCUGGCCGCCCAGCACGGCCAUUACUCCACGGCGGACGUCCUGCUGCGAGCAGGUGUCAGUCGCGACGCGCGCACCAAGGUGGACAGGACGCCUCUGCACAUGGCUGCCGCCGAGGGACACACCAUCAUCGUGGAGCUGCUGGUCCGGAGCGGCGCAGACAUCAACGCCAAAGACAUGUUGAAGAUGACGGCGCUGCACUGGGCGGCGCAGCACGGACACCACGGCGUGGUGGAGACCCUCAUCAAGCACGGAGCCGACGUGCACGCGCUCAGCAAGUUCGACAAGACGCCGUUCGACAUCUCCGUCGACAUCCAGAACACUGACCUGAUGCUGCUUCUGCAGGAGGGCAUGCAGAACCAAGUGAACAUGAACCAGGUGAGCGUGAAUGUGGAGUCCGGCAACGCAACCAACCAGCCGCAGUUCAUCAUCCAGGGAAUACCUGCCAUCCAAGGGGGUGUGGUCAAUCUGGCCGACCUGCUCAACAAGGCCAACACAGAGUCAGAGGAAGCGAUAGCCGCCAACGCUCUGGACUCCAACAUCCAGCACGCUGCUGUCGUCAACGAGGGAGGUCAGAGGGUCAUCACCAUAGUAACAGACCAACAUGGCAAUCUGCAGACCACGGGGGGUAUGACGCAGCCCUUCUUUGUCACCAUGCAGCAUGGACAGCAAAUGCUGGCAGUGCCCGCCAACACCGUGGCGGAGGAGGUGGUGACGGAGGAAUCUCAGGCCCCACCCUCCAGGAAGAGGAAGUUGGAGGUGGCCAACAAUCACAACGAUACAGGAGAAACGGAGCUGUUACAGAGGCAGCUACAGGAGGCUAACAGGAAGGCGCAGGAGUACCGACAGCAGCUGCUGCGCAAGGAGCAGGAGGCCGAGGAGUACCGCAUCAAGCUGGAGGCCAUGGCCCAGAGCCAGGCCAAUGGCACAGCCGCCAACGCAGCCACGGCUGCUGUUAGCCCCGAGGAGGUGGUUGGCGGGGAGGACGAGGAGGAGACGGCAGCAACAGCGGGGGCUGCCGUGGUUGAGGAUGAGGGGGAGAUGGUGGUGCUGCAAGGGGGAGGGAUCAUUAUGGAGGGGGAGGAGGGUCAGGUGACACUGGUAGAGACUGGGGGAGAGCCCACGGGGGUCAGCUCUUAACAGAUGGAGGGUCGGCAAGGGAAGGAAGGCUUUGGCCGAGUGAUGCCGUAACGUGUCAGAGACUGGCGACGGCAGCAGGAAGAUGGGGUGAACAGACUGACGCGCCAUGCCGUCUUUCCAGCGUCCCAUCAUAAGAAUUCCCGUGCUAAGUUAGCGCCAAGCUUCCUGUUUGACAACUUAUAUCACUACGCUCUCGUCAUUUCCUGUUCCCUUAACUUCACUUCUGCUUGUUGUGCAUUUGUAGUACGCGUUUAUUACUCGCUUCAUUGCUUUUCAAUGUGUUGGGAGGACGGAACAAGCCCACUUUGGUUCCUUUUUGUUUUUCCCCAAAAGCCACGCGGUGGACUUUGCAAAGGGAAUCUUUUGGGAUAAAAGUACCUCACUCAGCUCGGUCUGUGUUUUUUUUUUUUCAACAUGCAGAUGGAAAACUGAAUCUGGAAUUAACUUAAAUUCAUCAGUUGCGUGCGCCAUGUCCCAACUUUUGGGGAAACCAGCAGGAACAUUUAAGCAUUAAUGAAAGUUUUGUCGUAUGAAGCCAUGAAUGAACAUUUGGUUUCCCAUCUGAACUGCUGCUGUGGUAAAAUGAAACAUGUUUUUUUAAUCUGCUUCACAGUGACUAUCACAGUUUUAAGAUUGCAUUCUUCAAGUGAAAAUGUGCAAGAGAAGCUUCAGGAGAAACUACCUGGAGGCUGAAGUACAUGAAGUCUAAAAUAACCGAAACUGAAAUGCAUUUAAACUAGUUUUGUCCUUCCUGGCCCACCUGUGAUAUGCCCGCUGCACAUUCCCUCCUUCCUUAUCUUUGUUUGGCAGCAUUUGAGUUAUUUUUUUUUUAUAAACUCAGCUUUUUUCUAUGUAUAUAUAAAGUUGUAUUUUUUUAAGUGUAUCUUGACAGCUUCACCAUGAUAGCAAUGCUAACCUGAUAUAUAAACACUCGUUAACA